UGUGUGUGUUGGUAUAUAUGGUUUAGCCUGCCUUUUGACCUGAAUACGUACUUACGUUACGCGGACCUAGGGGUAAUACACGGACAGUGCCAAUGUCCGCAUAAAUCAUGGAGUGUAUUUUAAAUUUUGAGUAUCUAAACAACACUUUUUCUCAUAAAUCUAAAGUUUUAUAGGAACUAUUCCAGUGUUUGCAUGAUUUGGACCAUGUAUUUGUACUUUUCACUGAAUAAACAGCGUGAUAUCUCACUUUCUUUAAUUGUCCUUUUAUACCAUGUAACCUGAGUUUUGUGUAUUCCAGUGUAUAACACAGCGCCGCCUGAUGUCAGUGUAUGAAUUGCAGUUUUACACACAUUUUUAUACACUACGCGCGCUUUUAGCCGGUCAUCAUCUGAUUGGCUGGAAAAAAACUGUGGGCGUGUCUUAUUACCAAACCAUCCCAGACGCAAGGUUUUUAAAAAUUAAAUCCUCAUUUGAAGCCGCAGCCCUCAAUAUGGACCUGUUGGUGGAAUAACCGUGCACAGGUAAGCAUUAAUGGUAAAUUAAAAUAAUUUUUGCCUAGAUGAAGUUAUUUACAAGUAAAUAACUGCAGCUGCAAGAAAGGUUUUUGAGCAAAAUGAAAUAUUUUAGAUUUUAAUUUAGGUGACAUUAAAGCUAAGCAACUUAUUUUAGAUAUUUGCAUCAAGUAGCUUAAAUAUGUAUGCUUUUAUGACUGAAAAGACUUACCUGAAGCAGUAUAGUUUUUAUUCCGAGUGUUUUAAAGUAAGAGACUAGCUGGGCUAGGAGAGCUAGCUUCCUAGCUAGAGCUAGUCUCCUAGCUAGAAACAGGUGUUUGACAAGUUGACAAUAUUUGGGGUAGGUGGUACCUGUGUGGUACCUACUACCUAGCUUUUGGUGAUAAAAGUUGGGUGAUGAACUGUAAGGUUUUCAUCAUUAUAUUUAACAAUAUUGGUGAACUGCUUGCUUUAUGUUAGCUAAUUGCACCGUAGUGAUGCUUGUUAAGCUCGUUAAGCUUGAUUUCAAGCAGGAGAUUAAUAAGAAGCAAACCCACAGGUUUCUGUGAAACUUGUUUAUCUUUUGGAAAAGCACCAAUGGUUGAAGGUUUUAAUAAUUGGCUGCAAUAGGGCUGGUGCAUCAAUGGCUUUAAAGCUGUGUACUGUAAUCACUUUCAUGACUUAAAUGCUGAAAGUGUAAAUCAAGAGUCCUCAAAUUUAGGCAAAUAUCGGUGUCCUUCAAUUUUUAAAUGUAUAUUUGUACCUGAAUCAAUUAGCUGAAUAACCUCCUCAUAUGCAGCCAAAUUCUCCAGAUUUCUGACCACAUUAUUUGACUUAGGUGUGUUGAAGCAGAGAUGCAACUAAAAGUUGGAGGAGACUGUCCCUGGAGGACUGAUUAAAACUGUUUAAUUAAAGAUAAAUAGGACUUCUCUAAUAAAAUUCAUUUGUGCAACAAAUUACCCUUUUUCCUUAAAGUAUGGCUCAAAUGUUCUUGUAAGGCUGUACUAUUGGCUGAACAUCAAUAUAUUGAACACUGAACUAUUUGUAGAUGGUAAAGCACUUUUUUAAAUCAGUGAUUAAAUAAAUUAUAGUGUUGGUGUUUUAUCUGAGCUGUGUGUCUUGCAUGCAUAACAUGUUUCCAUAUUUAUAAUUACAUUUUUAGCUUUAACAUUUGUAGGAAUUACAAAGACACUUGUAAUUCCUUCUUUGACUGUUAUAACUUUUCAUACAUGUCAGUAAAACAUGCAGAGGCGAAGACGCAUAAAUCCGAAGGAAGAUGCCAAAUAUUAUAUUCAUACCAAAACGGACAAAGUGGGGCUUGACGUCACAUACAUCAAUGCCUUUAAAGGUCGUGGUAUCUUUGCCACAACCUCUUUUCAGAAAGGAGACUUUCUGUGUGAAUAUCGAGGUGAACUGAUCAGUAAAGAGGAAUGUGAGAGGAGACAGAGAGUUUACCAUGACAACCUUAAAGUAUUCUUGUUUGAAUUCUAUUUUAAUGGAAAACUCUGGUGUGUUGAUGCAGCAAAAGAAGAUUGCUCCCUUGGAAGGCUUAUAAACGAUGACAAUAUCAGCCCAAAUGCCAAAAUGAAGUAUUUGACCGUCCAACAGAAGCCACAUUUGUGUUUAUUUGCAACUCGAGAUAUCAAUCAGGGAGAAGAGAUUACGUACAAUUAUGGGGACUCAGACUGGCCAUGGCGACUCAAGAACUCCAGUGGGAUGUCUUCAACUGGACAAGAUGUUGAGGUGCCAUCCACAUCACGGUUGGUUUCAUACUAUGGACCGGUAUCAAGCAAAGACCAAAUAAAGAUCAGAGCUGAAAAUGACCAGGAUCAGAUGAUAACCAGUGUCCCAAACGAGACAGAUCCAGUCCUGGAUUCACUCCCCAUCAAGGAAUUGGAGGAAGAAAUGUCCCAAAGUCCUGACUGCACUCAUUCAACUUCUACGGCUGGCAACACAGAACAGAUCAGAGCUGAAAAUGAUCAGGAUCAGAUGACAACCAGUGUCCCAAAUGAGACAGACCCUGUCCUGGAUUCACUCCCCAUCAAUUCAGAGGAAUUGGAGAAAGAAAUGACUCAAAGUCCUGACUAUCCUUGUACAUCUUCUUCAGCUGGCAACACAGAACAGAUCAGAGCUGAAAAUGAUCAGGAUCAGAUGACAACCAGUGUCCCAAAUGAGACAGACCCUGUCCUGGAUUCACUCCCCAUCAAUUCAGAGGAAUUGGAGGAAGAAAUGUCCCAAAGUCCUGACUGUCCUCGUACGACUUCUACGGCUGGCAACACAGAACAGAUCACAGCUGAAAAUGAUCAGGAUCAGAUGACAACCAGUGUCCCAAAUGAGACAGACCCUGUCCUGGAUUCACUCCCCAUCAAUUCAGAGGAAUUGGAGAAAGAAAUGACUCAAAGUCCUGACUGUCCUCGUACAACUUCUUCAGCUGGCAACACAGAACAGUGUCAAAAACAUCACUUGAUGUGCACAACAGUAUCCUCUUUGGAGAAGUGUACUCAGUGUUUUGGACCUUGUUCUUCAUUCAAGUGGGUUGGCUACCAGUGCAAAGGUUGUUCAAAAGUCUGGCAUUCAUACUGCCUUAAACAAAUUAUAAAGGAUGACGGAUCUCAGGCAAAAGAACUGUUUAAGUAUUCCAUAGCUGACUCCUCAUCAGAUAACAACACAUCACCUUCCAAAGAAUGUGAAAUGUCAGAUGAUGACCAUGCAUCUGAUAUUGACUACAUACCAAAUUCAGAAUCUGCAGAAGCUGAUGAAGACUCAGAUGUUAGCAUCCCUCUUCAGCCCAUCAAGUCUAAAGUUGGACAACUUCAAGGAAACCCAACAAUACCCGAUCUCACUUCAUUCUUGCCAGACUCAAGUUCUGUGGUUGAACCUUGCACAUCAAAUUACUGGCCUCCUUUUCACACAGAUGAUAUGGGUGAUGGCACAUUCGAAACAUUCAGCCCAGCCAAGUCUACCAAAGACUCAAACAAUAAACCAAAAAGUCAAAAGGAGCUUCACAAACAGGAAUCCUCACAGCAUAUUUUGAGUGCUAAGAACUACUGCUUUGUAUGUGGUAGGCCACAGAGCAAAAUUUCACGCCAUUUAAAAACCCACAAGACACAUGCUGAAAUUGCUUAUGCCUUUUCCCUUCCGGAAGACUCGAAAGAGCGCAAUGUUCUUCUAGAAAAAAUGAGAAACAAGGGGAACUUCAAACAUAACUGUGAGGUUUUACAAAGUGGGAAAGGAUCGUUGAAAGUUAAGAGAAAGCCAAAAGCAAAGACUGGAACAUUUAUACAUUGUAUGUACUGCCAAGGUAUGUACAUUCGAAAGGAACUAUGGAGACAUGUCCAAAGAUGCCCCUGUAAGCCACAAAAUGAAGAUUUGAGCCAAGGACAUGGAAGAACCAAAGUACUGGGUUUUGCUAUGGCUCAAGAGUCUGCAUUCUGUCAAGAGAUUUCAAGUGGGGUUUGGAAGCUCCUCGGUCCCAUGAAGCAGGAUGAUGUAGCCACAGUUGUGAGAAAUGACCUGACCAUUAUUCAGUUUGCCCAGUCUCUCUACAACAGACAUGGACAAGACCCUACUAAGUAUGAGUACAUCCGACAGAAGCUCCGUGAAAUUGGACGUCUGUUAAUAUGUCUACGGUCUGAAUUCUCUAUACAUAACUUGGAGGAAGCUGUGAAACCUGCUAACUUCCAAAGAGUUGUCCAGGCAGUAAAGAUUGUCUGCGGUUUUGAUGAAGAAAAGCAUUCAUACCAAACACCAAGUCUUGCACUAAAACUGGGACAUACACUACAGAAAAUCAGUGACAUUAUCCAUUGCCGAGCGCUCAUGGCAGAAGAUGAAGAACUGAUUAAGUCAACAGACACUUUCAAAAAGCUGCAUACAUCCAAGUGGUCUGAGUUAGUGUCACAUACUGCCUUGAACACUCUGAGUCAUGCCAAAUAUAAUAAGCCAUUAACCUUACCAUUCACAGAAGAUGUUCAGAGUCUUCAUAGGUACCUUAAGAAAUCUGGAGAAAAUGCAUUUUCUAACUUGAAAGAAGAGGUCAGCCCCCAGAAUUAUGCAGAACUUGCAAAAGUUACUCUUGCACAGGUCAUUGUGUUCAAUCGAAGACGAGCUGGAGAAGUCUCAAAGAUGCGUCUCAGAGGUUUCCAGCAGAGAGAUGACUCCAAGCUCCAUGAAGAUGUUGCUGCUGGAUUGUCCAAGGUUGAAAAAAGGCUCUGUAGCUACUUCAGUCGUGUUGAAAUAAUUGGAAAAAGAGGUCGAAAAGUUGCGGUUCUCCUUUCUCCAGAUGUGGUGGAUGCUCUGACUCUGCUGGUCAGCAAAAGAGAGCAAUGUGGUGUUUGCUCCACAAACAUCUUUCUUUUUGCCCGACCAAGAUCUCAAAGUCACUACAGGGGCCAAGACUGUUUGCGUGUUUAUGGAAGCCAAUGUGGGGCGAAGCAUCCCGAGUUCCUCAGGUCCACGCAACUCAGGAAGCAUGUUGCCACAUUGUCACAAGUCCUCAACCUCAAAAAUAAUGAAAUUGACCAGGUGGCUGACUUCCUGGGACAUGACAUUCGUGUCCACAGGGAAUUUUAUCGCUUACCUGUGCCAACAACACAACUGGCAAAGAUUUCUAAGCUUCUUUUGUCCAUGGAGAAAGGACACGUAUCCACCCUGCAAGGAAAAUCCCUUGAUGACAUCGAAAUCGAAGAUGAAAUAGAACUAAGUGAGGAUGAAGAAAAGGAAGAUUUAAGUGACUUGGAUGACUGCGAUUCUGUGGAACCUGAGGAAUCCGUGGAAACCGUGGAAUCUGUGGAACCUGAGGAACCUGAGGAACCUGUGGAACCUGUGGAGCCUGUGGAACCUGAGCAAAGCAAGAAUAUGGAUGAUUUGUUGGGAGCAGUGUCAUCGACAGCAGAGGAAACUGUCCCUCCUGUUGAAGAGACCUCCUCUACUGCACCCAGAAGACAACCAAAAAAACCAUGGUCAAGUGCUGAGGUUUCUGCUGUUAUGAGGCAUUUUAAAGCUCACAUAGGUAAAGGAAAACUUGCCACUAAAAAUGAGUGCAAACACUGCAAGUUGGUGGAAGGUCCUGUGCUGGCUCAAAGAACAGCACAAAAUAUCAGGGACUUUGUGAGAAACCGUGGAAUAACUGCUAUGAGGCAGGCACAAAAGAAAAGGCUCUAGAUUUUAUGUGAAGUAAUCAUUUGUUCAAAAGUGUUCCAUUUUGUUCAUGCUACUAAAACAUUUUUUUUUUUGUUGCCUAUGAAACAAUAUUAUCUGUAAAGUCCCGUGACUUAGAGGCUGUUUAAAUGUAUUUGUGUUGAUAGGCAGAAAAGCGUUUUUCUAAUGGUGAGGCAUUUUUCUGUUGUCCAGCAUAAAAAUUAUUCGAAAAGGUGGCAGAAUUUUAAUUUAACAUUCUUUUACUUAUUUAUUUAUAUUCAGAAUAUUUGGCAACAGUCUGCACCCUAAAACCCUUAUUUUACUUUUGUGUAUGUUUUGUUGAGGCACUUAAAUUAGAUUGUUUUUCUUUUGGUAAUUUCAAUUUGAGGCUUACUUUUAUUUUUUAAAGAAAAAUAAUUGAAUUAUUUGGUCAUAUUUACCUAAUAAAAUAUGUUCUGUUAAUGCUUUGUGCUGUCAGGUUGUGUAUUUAUGCUAAUCAGCAGGUUUUUAAAUAUGACGUAGUUGUCCCUUUAAAGUUCUCACAAUACUUUGUUUUGUUCUCAUAAACCACAUUUGCUGAUGUCCAUACAAGCCACCAUGUUGUCAGGCUGCUGAAAGAAAGGCUGUGUAGCUGCUAUCUGAAACCUAAAGGGAGCUAAAUUUUUUUCAGAUUUUUUGCAGUGUUUUAAGCCACCUCCCAUUGCUCUAGCUACUUGGGAAAGGGUAGUCCAGCUAAACCACCGUCGGGCCUGUUUGGCGAAAAAGGCAGGCUAUACCUUAUAUACCUGUAUAGGUGUGUGUGU